AUGCCCCCAACGAUAUCGGAUGAUACUACUGUCCGAUCUUUCACGUGUGCUCAACCUCUCGGUCGAGCGGGAUACGAGCUGAUAAUCCGCCAGAUGCUCCAUCGAUUCCUCAGCGACCUCCACACCACAAAGGCAUUGCUGGAUCGCUCUCUCCAGGCUACCGUCAAUCACGCCGCUGGCCCUGUGCGCUCAUUGUUGACAAUCAUCACCGUGGGAUUCUACACGCUACUCAAUUGGUGCUCCUUGGGUUCCUAUCAUACCACCAAGAUGAUCUCGACCGUCGUUACAGGGCUCCUGCUCUUGGCUUCUGGCUGUGAGGCUCUGCCCACCAACCAGACGCCUCUUCCGGGUAAAUGGUCAACCCUGCCCAACAUCACACUCAAUGGCGUUGAAUACCCUCGCCAGGAGCACGCUGCGGCCCUGGUGGGCGACGAAAUCUUCGUUCUUGGCGGCAUCCUGCCGUGGGAUGGCAAGGAAUACGCCACCACCAAUAUCGUGCAGAAAUACAACAUGAUCACCGGCACUUGGACCGAGACGGCUCCCAUGCCUGCCGCUCUGAAUCAUGCCAAUGUCGCCGUCGUCGAUGGCAAAAUCUACUAUCUUGGCGGCUUGGAAGCCGUCGACGAAACGUACUGGAAUGCAACCGGCAAGUCCGCAGUCUAUGAUCCGGCCACGGACGAGUGGACCGUGCUGCCUAGCAUGCCCGAAGGACGAGAAAUCGGCAGUGCAGCGACUGUGGUCGUUGACGACACCAUCUACCUCCCCGGUGGACUCGCCUACACAAACAUCACCUACGACCAGGAAGGAACAGUCUCCCGAUUCUCAUCAUACAACGUGAGAACCCAAGAGUGGACGACCCUACCGGACCUGCCGGCCCCGCGCGAUCACGCGGGUAAGGGCAUCUAUCGGGACAUGUUGUACAUCUUGGGGGGACGGGAGUUCGGGAACAAGAACGUAGUCUCCACGGUGUUUGGAUUCAACCUCACCUCUCAGCAAUGGGCGACGGCAUUUGAACCCAUGCCGAUUGCGCGUGGGGGAGUCGCUUCUGCUACUAUCGGCUCUCUGAUAUUCACGGCCGGCGGAGAAGGGGACCGCCGGACGCCCACUGCCGUUUUCCCUGAGAUGCAGGCUUACGACGCCGCAACAAAUACGUGGGUCGACUAUGCAGACAUGCCUCUGCCUGUUCAUGGGUCUGAUGCGGUGGUUUAUAAGGGUGAGAUUGUGAUUCCGGGCGGUGGAAUCGUGACAGGGGCGACUCUGACGCCAGUCGUUCAGACGUUCCAACCUCCGCUCCCGGAUUCGGGCGAGAAGAGCAUGCCGCUGAUGGUCAUGGUAUAUCGGGUUGUUUUUGACUUGCCCUGGAUGCUGUUCAAAAGAUGA